UAAAAUUACAGAUUUACGUAAUUUUAUCAACAAAUGAAUGGCAUUGAAAAUUCCGACACUUUAUGUAUGCAAUACUGAUAAUAAUAAUGCAAUCAUAAGUGAGUUUAUAUUAGGGUUGAGAUAUUUGUUGAGUCUAUUUGUCUGAAAAAUAUUGAGAAAAAACAACAUUUGUUUCAAUUAUAUAAAAGUCGUGGUAAUAUUGGACAACAGGUAUGGAACAGGAACUACAGAGAAAGAAAUUCAACGAGAACUUCUUUGAAUUUAUUCAUGAAGUUAAAUUAAAUCCACAAUUUUUGCAAUUAUUGGAAACGCAUCCAUGUAAAUAUAUGCUCAACGAUCUAGAGAAAUUCAAAAGCAAUCCGACGGCACAAAAAUGCAGAAUAUUCUCGGAGUUCACGCGAGAGCGCAACAACUGCUCGCUAUUGGCGCAGAUGUUGGAGGAUUCGGAUCAGCCCGAGGCGGCCAAUAAGUUGCGUGAAUACAACACAUCAGAGGAUCCCUGGGAUUACGUCAAUACUAUAGACCUAAAGGUCGUGCCGGCCAUUACGUUAAGAUCCGGUUAUUCGCGAUGGUAUACAAUGGAUGGCCGACAACGCGGACGAGCGCUUAUAUUUGUCACAAUCGAUGUCCUCCACAAAGAGGCCCAAAGAUUUGAGUCAAUACUAAAACAGAUGUACUUCAAUGUCGAGAUUCAUUCGCUGCUGAAGUGCAACCAAAUCGAGGCGGUGUUGAACACAGCGGCCGAAUACGAACACAAAGGCGACGCCUUUAUCGUGAUGUUUAUCGGACACGGAGGCGAUGAGAAGAUCAAAGGUUACGGCGAAACACCCGGCGAUGAAUUGGCCAUCAGUAAGAUUGUGGACAAGUUUUCAGAGAGAAAGUGCUCUUCUUUGCGAAACAAACCCAAAGUAUUUGUAUUCAACUGUUGCCGAACCAAUGAGCCAACGACACCACUUUCUGCGGUCAAAAUUGGCAGUCGUAUAGUGAUUGAUAUGGACACCAUCGAUAGGAACUGGACAAAUGAGAAUCAACGCACAUAUAUUGUAUAUUCAUGCGCUGAGGGUAUCCCUUCGUGGUAUUAUGCAAUGAAAGAUCCAAACGAAGUCCACCCGUUUGAAGGAUUCACACAAUUUGGUCAGGCGUUCAGUCAUACAAUCGCUCAGUUCUCGUGGUAUAAACCUUUGGCAGAAUUACUACAAAAAACCAUCGAUAGGGAAGAGUUUGAUGUGAGAAGAAGUGGUUAUUUGAAUACAAAUGUCAAACAAUAUAAGACCGUGUAUUCAACGGACAGUCAUUUCUAUCCGAGAGUAAAAUUCAUAUCGAGUUUGGAUACAGUAUUACGUGAAUUGAUUUCGCUGUCAAACCUGAUCGGAGGCAUCAAAGAGCACCACUACCUGACACAGACGUCCGGCAUAUGGCUGGCAAUCAUAUGGAUAUCCAGCCAUUUGGACACUGGUGUGGAACUGCUCUACACAACGAGUUUAAACCUCACGAGUCAUGUGUUGCAGUUUUUCCUAAUCAUAAUCACCCUAUGCGCUUUGGGUACAUAUAAUAGUCUAAACGAUCCACAUCUUCAUCAAUAUUUCCGCAAACCAAAGGUUCGCAAUCAUCUCAUUCAGGCCGGACUGUCGUCUCAGUCUAACCACUGCUUCCGGUAUUAUCUUCCCUUCACUUGUCAUCUGAUUUCAUACAUUAAACAAUUGGCUGUCAAACCAUUGAAACGAAGUGUUAUAAUAGAGGGCUUUGCCUUCUUCGACGACCACAAACCGGAUCUCCUUUUAUCAUAUUCUUCAACUCAAUUCUACUGUUCACUUCCCUUCUAUUAUGGCCUUCGUCACCAAUCUGACUCUGCUGACCUUCUGCUCUCUGCGUUUGUUAACGUAGUUAACAACUCACUUCACGACCUCUCCCCUCUCUCCAACCGUUUGGGUCUCCAACGACUUCACGAGACCCGGACUCUGGAAUCGGAGGCCAAAUGGGAAUUAGUUCAGAGGGCGAAGAUUGCGUUCGAGUCCUCCCAAUCCAAUACUGCCACCACUGGUGUCACCACAAGAACUCAAUCCAAUAGUUCCGGUAUAACCAAAAAGAGCGCUCCUUCGGGACCGACAUCAAUGUCGUGGUUGAGAAGAGUGGCGCAAAUCAAACCAAAAUUGUUCACAAAUAGGAGACGAAGAGUUAGAGUGAAUGCUCUGAAUAGAUAUGAGAGACCAAAGUCUUCAUACGGUAUCCGAUCGUCAAAUAAAGUAAAACCCGAUUUACAAACUGAAACCGAACUCAACGAACAAUUCUCUGAUAUAUUGUCUUUGGACGGACUGUCCAUUCAUGACACCGACGAUGAAGAAUAUGAUAAAAGGAGAUCCGGUUUGUGGUCGUCGAAGAAGGCAAAGCCCUCUAUUAUAACACUUCGUUUCAAUGGUUUGACAGCCAAUUGUUUAAUACCGAGAAGAGUGCAAAUAAGUCAACAAUUAUAUAGCGGUGGGAAUGCCAUCACUAUAUUUGAUCGAAUGGUCUCACCCGGAGAGAAAUUGACGUUUAGUGUUCGCCCGCACGGCGACAGUCCCUUCUCGAUGACUGUCCUCAUCGAUGGCAUCCGUGAUCUUCGUGUCAGCACAUGCUGUGAACACAAACACAGAAUUGGGUCCAAAAUAUCGCACUUUACUCUAGUGGACGUCAGCGGCGGUAAAAUGUGCGCUAACUGUAAGAAGAAUGCAAACCGUUUGACCAAAAGCUUGUCCACGGGUGCGAUGGGCGGCGCCUUUCAAGACACUGAACCCAUCAAUAAUGGCAAACACAACGAGACAACACACGUCACGACAAACAAUGAAAACAAUAAUAUGAGUGAUAGUGAUGUCGAGGACGCGGAACAGACUGUCAUAGAGUUGGAGAAAAAGAGUUCCCGUUCUUCGUCACCAAUUAAUGGCGACAAUAAUGACGAUCAGUUUGAGACCUAUGAGUCCGAGUUUGAGACCGAAACACCCGAAUCAACGAGAAUGAGAUCUAAUAGUAUCUCCUCUUCGGAUAACAGCACUGCUGGACAUCAGGAGAUCGUUGAGGUAGAAGUCCAUACCAAUCAUUAACUGGUUUUACAAUACUUUUUCAAUAUAUUUACGCUUUCGUCACAAUAUAUUAACUAUUUUGAU